GAGCUCGUUCCCAAACUCAUAAACCUAUUUGCUGAGCCAGGCUUGGCUAAACCACUGGCCUUUUUCCAGACUAAAUUAUGUAUUGCUCUUCUUCAAUGCAUCCAAAUGCAAACAAAGAAAAUAUCUCUACUUCAGAUGUUCAGGAGAAUUUUGUACGAAUAACGAGAUCACGAGCUAAAAAAGCCAUGGGAGGAGGAGUAUCAAUACCUCCAACAAAACCCUCUUUUAAACAGCAAAAGAGACGUGCCGUACUUAAGGAUGUGAGUAAUACUUCUGCAGUUAAUAUUUAUUCAGAACUCCUAAAGGGAGGCAACAUCAAGGCUAACAGAAAAUGUUUAAAAGAGCCUAAAAAAGCAGCAAAGGAAGGUGCUAAUAUUGCCAUGGAAAUUCUGGUAGAUAUGCAUACAGAAAAGUCAAAAUUAGCAGAAGAUUUGUCCAAGAUCAGGAUGGCUGAAGCCCAAGAUGUCUGUCUUUCAAGCUCCAACGAUGAAGAAAUUACUGAGCAACAAGAAGAUGGAUCGGGUGUCAUGGAGUUACUUCGAGUUGUAGAUAUUGAUUCCAACAUCGAAGAUCCACAGUGUUGCAGCUUGUAUGCUGCCGAUAUAUACGAUAACAUACAUGUUGCAGAGCUUCAACAACGACCCUUGGCUAAUUAUAUGGAGCUUGUGCAGCGAGAUAUUGACCCAGACAUGAGAAGGAUUCUGAUUGACUGGCUUGUAGAGGUUUCUGACGACUACAAGCUGGUUCCAGAUACGCUUUACCUUACAGUGAAUCUUAUCGACCGGUUUCUGUCCAACAGUUACAUUGAAAGGCAACGACUCCAGCUCCUUGGUGUCUCUUGCAUGCUUAUAGCUUCAAAAUAUGAAGAGCUUUGCGCACCAGGGGUGGAGGAGUUUUGCUUCAUUACGGCCAACACAUACACAAGACCAGAAGUGCUGAGCAUGGAGAUUCAAAUUCUAAAUUUUGUGCACUUUAAAUUAUCGGUUCCUACCACCAAAACAUUUCUGAGGCGGUUCAUUAAAGCAGCUCAAGCUUCGUACAAGGUGCCUUUCAUUGAGCUGGAGUUUUUAGCAAACUAUCUCGCCGAGUUGACACUGGUGGAAUAUACAUUCCUAAGGUUCCUUCCAUCAUUAAUUGCUGCUUCAGCUGUUUUCCUAGCCAGAUGGACACUCGACCAAACUGACCAUCCUUGGAACCCUACUCUGCAACACUACACUAGAUAUGAGGUAGCUGAGCUGAAGAGCACAGUUCUCGCAAUGGAGGACUUGCAGCUCAACACCAGUGGCUGUACCCUCGCUGCAACCCGUGAGAAAUACAACCAACCAAAGCGUGGCAAAGAUGACAUCUCCCAAACGAGUUACAUCACUUUUCUCAAGAUGACACCAAGCAGCAUCGAAAGCAUAGCCAAGUCAGGUGAUCAAAUACCUAGUUUCAGACAUUGGAUGUUAUGUGGUCUCUAUGACCAUUAAUUUCCCAGUGUUUGUUUCUGUGCCAGUUUUGUCUGUCUGUUACUCUGUAGCUAUUGUGUGGCGCCUUGAUUUGUGUAGGCCAUCACUUGUCACACCCCUUAGCUUUAAAUAAAUGUUAUGGAUGUUC